AUGCCUAGUGAAAUCAUCACAUUACAAUUGGGACAAUGCGGCAAUCAAAUUGGUAUGGAAUUCUGGAAGCAAUUAUGUGCCGAACAUGGAAUAAGUCCAGAAGGCAAAUUGGAACCGUUUGCCAAGGAGGGUUCUGAUCGUAAAGAUGUGUUCUUUUAUCAAGCGGAUGACCAACAUUACAUUCCACGUUCUGUUCUGCUCGAUCUCGAACCUCGGGUUAUCGAUGGAAUCCUAAAAUCACCGUAUAAACAUUUGUAUAAUCCGGAGAAUGUUUAUAUUUCAAAAGAUGGUGGUGGUGCUGGUAAUAAUUGGGCUCAGGGUUAUCAUCAAGGUGACAAAUUAACCGAAGAUAUAUUCGAUAUUAUCGAUCGUGAAGCUGAAAACGGUGAUUCUCUUGAAGGUUUUGUGCUUUGCCAUUCGAUUGCUGGAGGUACAGGAUCAGGCAUGGGUAGCAAUAUCCUUGAAAAACUCAAUGAUCGUUUUCCGAAGAAAUUAAUCCAAACCUACUCCGUUUUUCCGAUGACUAAUGAAGUGGCGGACGUCGUUGUUCAACCAUACAAUUCCGUUUUAACUCUCAAACGAUUAACUGAAAAUGCCGAUUGCACUGUUGUUUUGGAUAACACGGCACUCAAUCGCAUCGCUACUGAACGUUUGAAAAAGGCAACGCCGACAUUGGCUGAACUCAAUCAACUGGUGUCGACGAUCAUGUCGGGCAGUACAUCAACACUUCGUUAUCCAGGUUAUAUGAAUAAUGACUUAAUAAGUCUUAUAUCGUCAUUGAUUCCAACACCGCGUUUGCAUUUUCUUAUAUCCGCUUAUACUCCAUUGACAUCGGAUAAUACAGAGUCGGAAGUACGUAAAACGACUGUGCUUGAUGUUAUGCGUCGUUUAUUACAACCCAAGAAUGUUAUGGUGACAACUGCAUCUCGUGAUAAGAACAUCACUCAUUGUUAUGUUUCGAUUUUGAAUAUAAUUCAAGGCGAAGUCGAUCCGUCCGAAGUUCACAAAAGUUUAAUGCGUAUUCGUGAACGUAAGUUGGCUGAAUUCAUACCAUGGGGCCCAGCAUCCAUUCAAGUGGCUUUAUCGAAAAAAUCGCCAUAUGUCACCACACAGCACCGUGUCAGUGGGUUAAUGCUCGCUAAUCAUACUGGUAUAUCAUCAUUAUUCGAUCGAAUGUGUGAUCACUAUGAUAAACUUAUCAAACGAGAAGCUUUUGUCGAAAACUUCCGACGUCUACCGAUGUUUAAAGAUAAUCUUGAUGAAUUCAAUGAUUCACGUGAAGUUGUACAACAACUUAUGGAUGAAUAUCGAGCGGCAACGCGAAAAGAUUACAUCAACUUCGGUAAUACUCAAACUGCUCAGGGUGAAUAG